AUGGGUACUUACACUGUACGUGUUGUCAAGGUAGAGUGCAGCAAGUACAGUACAACUCUGACUGCGCCGGGGCAUUGCUUGCCAAUAGGUUCACAGAUUCGUGUCACAGGAGUACCAGAGCUUGAGACAGAGCGGCUGAUUGUAGAUCACAUCAAGGGCAACACAUUCACAAUUUGUCGGAAUGUAUCUGUAGAGAUUGCACAAGUCGAUGUGGCCAACUCAAUUGUUCGCACGCAGCGACCUCAUCAGAUCAGCGACACAUAUUAUGGAGUUAAGCUUCGUGUCGAGUCGGGUGUGUCAUCGACUUAUCAUAUAGCGGAGAUUAUCGAUGAUGUCUCGCUUCGACUAGAAGACUACUGCAAAGCCAGGAAGGGAUUUGUUCCAGCCAAGCUACCUUCAGAUCUCACAGGAACAUUGAGCCGAGAGCACUGCAGUGUGGUUCUUCCUGAGGCUUGCAGCGGAAUUGGUGGUUUGGUAUCUCUGAUGUGUCAGCCACCUUGGCCGGAUGGAACUUGUAUUCGAGAAUGGCGUGCCGCACUUCGUGCAGCGCGGACCUGUGGCAAGGUCUUGUUGGAAGACCGAUGUCUCCUUGGGCCGGAGAUCCCUGAGAUGCCUUUGCUCCAGGUUGGACAAAGCGGUUGGGACGGUUGCAAAGGGACUUUCCAUCGCACCGGUCACUUGCAAUACAAGCUUGAGCCAGGUCUUGUCUCAAUUGAAUAUAUCCACGAGCUUGGCUGGUGUCUCCUUGCAGAGGUUUUGCCACUUUAUCCUCUGGAUGAGCAGCGGCUGUACUUGGGUCUUGACGACUGGGAUGGGCCGCAGUUGCUUUACGUCUGCCAAGAUUCCAACGUGCUUGGUCGCUGGGAGCCGGUGAUUGGCCCGGCACCAGGCCCAGAGGUAAAGGUUUAUACAAGACUGGAAGUGAGAAUUUUACAUGCUGACUUGUCUGAUGCCCAAGAAUCCUUCCUCGUAUCGAAUCCAGGCAUUGGUUCAAUGGUAUUGGACACCCUCUUCAAUUUUACCUCUGCAGAUUGGCGUGGUGGAAUUCGGAAUGGAAACGUUUGGGGGCUGAGCGCUGUUGAAGCUAUGUUAGAAGCAUUGCAGUUGUGGCACCAUUUAAAAGCUUGCUGUGCUGCAUGCCGUGCGUGGCGUGAAGCCUUGCAACCUUUUGGGAACUUGACCAAGAUAUGCCAUCAUGCCUUGCACAUCGAUCCCCAGCUUAAGAUCUCAAACCUACCUUCGCAUCAGGACAUCGUUCGGGCAAUUAUGUUUGCUGCAAGCACCUGGAACAAUGGUCUGGUCAUUACGAAUUCACCGGAUUUCUUGGGUCGUGCCUGGCCAGCAGUAGUCUCGAAAAUUCGCCUCACCAGUGAAAUGGGUGAAGGUGAAGACGAAUUCCUUUACGGGCCAACGCCAGCACUUCUGAACAAGCAUGCAGAUGCAUUUUUGCAAGCAGUCCGCCAGAUGCUCUACGGCAUUCCUUUGCCCUGGCAAACAAGGCCAGAUACUCGUGGGCUCAUUACGAUGGCCAGUGGGCAGAGAUUUGCAGAAUGUGAUCUCUUAGAGAUGGUUCGACCCGAACAGAGAAUUACACUAUACAUAAGUACCAACGAAGAUGGGCACUUGCAGUUCUUGUCCCUUGAUGGUGUACCACUUCUACUACACACUCACAUAGACUCAUUGGUGCAAAGAGGAUUACGUCCAGUGUCCUCCACACGUCGAUGGACCUCUAGCCGUGUGAAGCCACGGGAGCCCAAAGAGCCAUGCGGCUUUCCAUACUGCGGGAAAUUGUCAAUUCCGUGUCAUUUUUGUGAACGCGACAAAGAGGGUAGAACUCGUUUGGGUGCUUCUCAACUGGCAGGCGGUCAAACAAUUGAUUUCGUGGACAUGAACGGUGCAAAGAUCACCUUGGAAAUUGAUGUGAAAGUCCUUCCUUUCUUUGCCACCUCCAAAGAUCCUUCUCUGAUUCCCCAGCUGAAAAGGUGGAUCCCAUGGACCGAGACCGAGAGCGAGACUGAGAGUGAGUGGAACCCGUCGGAGGACGAGACAGAUGCCAUGAAUUCGGAUGGGUCCGAGCAAACUCCGCCAAGACGGCGGGUCAUUGGGAAGCAAUCCCCACCUGCGUGGUAUAGAGGCUGA